AUGCCGAGCCUCUCGAGACGCGCUUCUAAGCGCGCGCUCGGGUACGGCGCGUCCGCGGCGGUCGCCGCGUACGCGCUGCGCGCGGCGUAUCUCGCCGCGGCGCGCGCGAAGGAGGCGCGCGUCGCGGUCGAUUUCGGCGUCGGAAACGCGCGCGACGAUUCCGAGGAGGUCGAGCCCGGCGACGACGACGCCGCGCGAGAGCGGACGACGUCGCGCGCGCGGCGCGCGGCGGCGCGCGGCGGCGGCGACGACGACCGCGGCGGCGUCGAGGAGGAGCUCGUCGCGCUCGAGCGCACCAUGGACGCGCUCGCGGGAGGCGAGGACGCAAUGGGGCGGGCCAAAACCGGGGCGGGAGACGACGCGACGACGACUCGAAGCGGCGGCGGGAGAGGAGGAGGAGAGUCGGACGAGUGGACGACGACGCCGCCGACGCCGACGACGACGACGACGGGCAGCGGCGACGCCGCCGGCGUCUCGCCGUCGCGAUCCCUCGGUACUGUGGGACGGUCGCCGACGCCGGGCCCGCGCGACGAGACGACGCCGGAAUUUUUCGCGAGCACGAAAUUCUUCGCCUGCCUGGAGCUCGAGGAAUCGCGCGAGCUGUUCGACGCCGCGGAGGAGUUCACCGUGCCGCCGAACACUGUCGUCUUCCGCCAGGACGACGACAGCAGCAGCGGCAUCUACAUCGUCGUGAAGGGCUCCCUCGGGGUGUACCUGCAGGAGAGGACGACGAAACACCCGGUGGGCGCCGGGGAGCGCGGCGGCGGCGGCGGCGGCGCCGACGCCUCCGGCGAGAUCGGGGGAUUCGCGGACGGCGACGGCGCGCCCGUGGGCCCGCCGUUCCUCACGAACAUCCUCCGCGAGGGCGAGUCCGUGGGCGACGUCGACGUGCUCGACAACGCGCCGCGAGGCGUGAGCGUGAUCGCGAUGCAGGACGGCGCGACGCUCGUGCGCGUCACGCAAGCGGCGCUGAUGACGUUUAUUAAAAGGUGCGUUCUAUACAAAAGUUUGUUUUUCACCCAUCCUUCGGUUUCAACAUUUGAUCGCGUAUCGUUUCAACUGACCGAUGAACUAUUUUUGUAUGGAAUGGCCCAAAGUCACCCGCGGACGCUCCAGACGUACCUGCAGCAGGCGGUGGCGCGGCUGUGGCGCGUCGCGCACUUCGUGUUGGUGGACUUUUUAGGGCUCCCGAGAGGCGGCGCGGGCGACGCGGUGCGGGUGGGUUCGGCCGAAGGAGACGGCGAGAGGGAUGGCGGCGAGAUCGAGCGCAAGGAGGACGUCCCCGCCGGCGCCCCCGCCGCCGGCGCCGGCGCUUCGAGACGUGCCUCUCAUCGCGCGUCCCCCGCGGCGUCGCUGCUUCGGCACCUCCCCGCGUUGGAACGCGUCUGCGCGAGGCGGACGUUCGAUCCCGGCGAGGCGCUCUACCACGAGGGCGACGACGCGGACGCGGUGUUCUUGCUGUUGUCCGGCGUCGCGCGCGCGGACGCGGUGCCGUGGCCCGCGGGAAACGGCGCGCGCGGCGCCGCCGUCUCCGGCCCGCGGCUCAUCGGCGGCAGCGCGUUUCUCACGCGGAGCCCGCGGCAGGAGACGCUCCGCGUCGCGACCGCGGACGAGCUCGUCGACGGAGGAAGUGGAGUUGGAAUUGGAAUCGGAAUCGUCGGAAACCGCGACGAUUCGUAUUCCGCUAUUCCGAAGGGUGACGGUUCGUCUUCGUCUUCGUCCGCGAGCGCGCCGCCGUGCGUCGUCUUGGAGAUCACGCACGCGGCGUUGGACGAGCUCCGCGCGUCGAGCGUCGAGGCGUACGUCGCCACCUUGCUCGCGACGUCGUGCGCGCUGUCGCACCUCCUGCGGGAGUUCAUAUCCCUCGGGUUGAACCGCGUGUGGCUCAGCGCGGGCGAGUGCGCGUUCGAGAGGGGCGAGGAGGCGACGUCGAUGUUCGUGCUCAUCAGCGGACGCAUUCGGUUGACGCGCGGCGGGGACGCGUCGACGGGCGCCGGCGCGUCGCGGCGAGACCCUGGCGCGCGCGAGGAGCGAGGCCGAGGGGAGACGAUCGGCGAGGCGCCGCUGCUCGGCGGCGGGCGGUACGCGUCGACGGCGAUGUGCUUGAGGGACACGGAGCUGGUGCGGAUGUCGCGGGGCGCGUUGACGUUGAUUUGCGCGCGGAAUCCGACGGCGGCGAGUCGUCUGUUGGAGGCGAUGGCGAGAAAGCUGCACGACGCGAGGCGAGGCACGUUAUCCUUCCCGCGCGCGCCGGACGUCGUCACGAUCGCGCUCGUCCCCGCGAGCGCCGGGCGCGACGACGUCGCGCUCGCGUCGCUCGCGCAGGGCUUGCGCUGGGCGCUCGAGGGCUUCGGAAAGACGCUCUGGCUGGACGAGACGGCGGCUCGCGGCGUGUUCCCCGACGACGACCGCACGAUGACGCGGCUCGCGUCCAAGUUUUACCGCUCCAAGCUCACCGCGUGGAUGGCGCAGCAAGAGGAGCGGUACCGGUUCAUAGUACUCCAGACCGACGCGAGCGCGUCGCCGUGGUCGCAGGUGUGCGUGUCUCAGGCGGACAGAGUCAUCGUCGUCGCGCACGCGGACGCGGCGGACGCGACGCCGCGACCGCACGAGGAAAAGUUGCUGUGGCGACGGCGACGCGGCGCGACGACGGAGCUCGUCCUCGUCCACGCCCCAGGGUGCGCGCCGCGCGACUCGAAGCGAUGGCGCGCGUGCCGUCCGUCCGUCGCGCGGCAUCAUCCGCUUCGCGUCGACGAGGAGGAGGACCUCUCGCGGUUGGCUCGGCACGUCGCCGGGCACGCCGUCGGCGUCGUCUUGACGGGCGGCGGCGGCCACGGCCUCGCGCACCUCGGCGCGCUGCGCGCUUUGGAGGACGCGGGCGUCCCCGUCGACGUCGUGGGCGGGACGUCGCAGGGCGCGCUCGUGGCGGCGCUGUACGCCGCGCACGCGUCCACGUCGCACAUGCUGCCUCAGGCGCGUUCUAUCUCACACUGGUCUCCAUACGACCGCGUCGGCGUGGUGAAGGAUCUCGUGGGCGCGUUGUCGUCGCCGCGGCGUCUGAUCACGGAUCUGACGUUGCCGGUGUUGUCGCUCUUCAGCGGGAAGAGCGUGGACGCUAUUCUGAAGACGGCGCUCGGGGAACACGGCGACAUCGAAGACCUGUGGCUGGCGUUCUUCUGCUGCAGCACGAACCUCACGCGCGGCGAGCUGUCCACGCACGUCCGCGGAACGACGUGGAAGUGCGUCCGCGCGUCGAUGACCGUGUUGGGAUUACUCCCGCCCGUGGUCUCGGAAGACGGCGACUUUCUCGUGGACGGCGGCUACCUCAACUCCAUACCCGUGGACGUCAUGCGCGAGAAGAUGGGCGUCGAGACCGUCAUCGUCGUCGACGUGGACGACGACGAUUACCUCGCGUUUCGAAACCUGACCCCGCACGACGGCGGCCUCGGCGGGUGGAGGCUCCUGUGGGAGCGCGUCAACCCGUUCACCGCGGAGUGGCUCUCUCGGUCGUGGCUUUGGCGGCCGUGGAGCGCGACCCCCGACCGCGGCCCUCUUGCGCCGACCGCAACGCGCGCGCGCCCGCCGUCGUACGCCUCGCUGCUGAACGCGCUCAUGCGCGCGACGUCCAAUCGCGCGCUCGCGUCCGCGUCCAAGGAUCACGAGAUCAAUCUCUACCUCCGCCCUCCCGGCGUCGCGAGCGGGUGGAUCGCGCCGAUGCACGCGGCGCGCGUCGACGCGCUCGUGCGACGCGCGCAUCGACACGCGAGCGGCGCCAUCGCGGACUGGCAGCGAGCCGCGCGCGAGGAGAGCACGGUCCGCGCGCGGUCGGCGGCGGCGGAGGCGGCGAGGAGGGAGGCGCGCGCGCGGAGCGGGGGACGGCAUCGAUUGGGCGCGGGCGCGGCGGCCUCCGCGACGUUUGCGGCGGGCGCGGCCGGCGCGGCGACGCCGCCGCCCGAGACGGCGGCGGCGGAAAUGGCGUCGGAAAUGGCGACGACGACGGCGGAGGUGGCGAAGCCCGUCGUCGCGAAGAGACCGAGCGGAGUCUCCGCGGGACACGCGAAGAAGCCGAGCGUGACGCUGCCGUCCGCGCUGACGGGCGCGUUCGGCGCGCCGCCGCCGCCCGCGACGUCGGAGCAGACGAGCUGGAGCCUCCCGUCGUCGCCGUUCGCGACGACGACGACGACGACGACGCCGCCGCCGACGACGACGACGAACGCGGAGAAGAAGGCGACGACCGCGGAGUGCGCGAAGCGAAGCGCGUCGACGGAGAGCUUCGUCACCGCCUCCGCCGGCGGCGGCGGAUCGACGAGCGCGUCGUCGUUCGCGUCCGUCGGCGGCGCGGGGGGGGGCGGUGACGAGUCCGCGUCCGCGUCCGCGUCGGGCGGGUCGCUCACCCCCGACGACGACGACGGCAACGCGCGGCGGGCGCUCGACGGCAGCGCGCUGAUGGCGCUGAGGUCGUCGCUGUACGGCGGACGCCGGUCGCCGCCGCCGCCGCCGCCGCCGCCGCCGCCGCCGCCGAGGGAAAAUUUGAGCGCGUCGACGCCGCGGCGGCCGAGUCACCGACGGAGUCUCUCCGCGGACGGCGACGCGAUUCGCGCGGCGAUCUCGGCGCGCGGUGCGGGACACGGCUACGGCGUCUGGAUCGGCGCGCGCGUCGGCGCGUCGAGGGAGCGCUCGAGGGGAGCGGCGGCGACGGGCGGCGGCGGAGAGGCGGCGGCGGCGGCGGCGGCGGCGGCGGACGCGGACGCGGGCCCGGGUUCGGCCGCCGCGUCGGUCGGCGCGCCGCUCCGGGCGAAGCGGAUCGGCGCGGUCGGCGAGGACCGGCGACGGUCGUUCAGCGACACGGACUUGGUGUCGUCGUUCGGCAGCGCGGACGCCGCCGCGGACGCCGCGGGGUGA